AAACAGCAACUUUUCAAAAAGGAGGAAAUGAUUUUAGAGGUUCUAAGUUUAGUUGCGAGUUUGCCUUUUCAUCUAGAAGCUCUUGAGUGCUAUAUUUGUACAAAUGAGGAGGGAAACUGGAAUGACUGUAUUAGAACUAUUCAAACUUGCGAACCUUUACAAGAUACCUGCCAGUCUAUUGUUCAGUAUCGAACUCCUUCUUUCUGGACCGUUCUCGCUGAGAGAAGGGCAUUUGUUACAAAAGGCUGCACAACAACAUCUGCCUGUCAAAUGACAUCGUCUGUCAUCUCAGAGCGUUGUUCCAGAUCAAAAACCCGUGACUGGAUUUGUUCUUACUGCUGUAACAGUGAUCGAUGCAAUUACUAUGUGCCUGGAGGCGCACUACGAGUAUGGAGUCCUCAUACCUAUACAACAUUUUUCAUCAUCUGUCUGUGUAGCAUAUUUUGGAAAUUUGUAUGAUCCUAUAAGCAGUUGAAAUAACUGUGGAAACAUUUCACGUCAGAAAAUCGUUCUGUUGUUGAACAUCAAAAUACUCAGCAUCCCUUUUUUAAAAUAAAUAUGAGUGACAUAAUACCUAUUAACAAACAUAUAGAUAUAACUAAUUUGUGAGCAUUAGUUGUAUAAAUGUGACCAUGUUUAGCCAAAUAACUACAUCGAUUAGCACUGUGCAUUACACGGAAAACCAUCUUUAUGAAAAUAAAAAAGAACAAAUCCUUUUAUCCUUGUAACUUUAUUUUCAGUAACAAAAUUGUAUAUUCUUUAAAACAUUGUAAAUAUAACAAGCACAUUUCUUGAAUAUUUCAUUUACAAUAAUAAUAAAUUUCAACUGUUCUUCAA